AUGGGCCUUACUUUUCCCAUGGAUUACACAGGCAUCACCUGUUUGGAAGACCACAAUUUAACUGUGGAAGUGUUCCCAACAAAUUUAUUAAACAGGGUAUCUGUGGAAAUGUGCGAUAAAACAAUUUUUACAUGUGAUAUCACGAAUUUGAAAUUUAAUAUUGAUGCAGAUGACGAUGCUGUUUGCAGGAGGGCCGUUGAAGCAGUUUUAGAGGCAAAAACAGCUUCUGAAGAGAACAGAAAUCUCGAGAGAGCAAAGUCAAAAAUAGGACUUUUUUGGAAAAGCCACGAAAAGAAAAAGAUUUUGGCGGUCGAAGAAAAAGAAUCGCCUGAGGACGAGAUUUUGGCUCUCGAAGAGCAAGAGGUGCCUGGAGAUGACGAGGAAAGUGAAAAUGAUGAUAUGGUCGAUAUAAUUGAGGCGUUUCAAAGUCAGGAAUACCAAUACGACGAAAAUUUAUUUCCUGUGUUAAAUAUUAGUAGCGAUUCCACUAUCGUUGGCCGUAUGUGAAUAAUUCAAAAAUAAAGAAGCUUACCUGUUUCAUUUGCAACAUGUACUUAUUAUGUCCCAUAAUUAAAGUGCAAUACUUUAACAGCAGAUUCUACGUACAAAAUAAUCAAUGAUCAAACUUUUUAUAGCCAAUAAGAUGUUAUAAUAACAAUUUCAAAUUUUCCAUGAGGGGUG